AUGGCGCCGUCAAAGUGGGACGCGCCUGAAUGCUCCGUGCGCCACGGGACAUCAAGAACCACAACUGAUACCAGAUGGGUUUCCCUAGAUGAGGAGGAGGAGAGUAUCUCACCUCCCCCUGUUGCCCGUCGCAGAUUCGACGACGAGGAGGAGGAAGAGGUCCUUGACUCCUGGGAUGCCGCCGAAGACUCUGAAGUAGAGCGUGAGAAGGCGAAAAAGGCUGAGGAGGCUCUGGCCAAGGCCAAGGCCGAGGCUGCCGCCAACAAGAAGUCCAAGGCCCAGCGGAUAGAGGAACACCGCGAUCAGCGUCGACGCGAAGCGGAGGACAGCGACGAGGAAGGCUACGAGGAUGAGACUGAGGCUGAGCGUCGCGAGCGCCUGCGCCGCACCGAGAAGGAUGCCGACAUGCAACACGCCUCCGAUCUUUUCGCCGACAUUGACAUGAACCGCAACCGUGGAGCACCCAAGGCUGUGGUCAUCACCGACAGCGCCAACCCCACCAACUCGAUCGAUCUUUCCUCAAUGCCCCUGUUCAAGCCUACCACCAAGGACCAGUUUGCACGCUUGACCGAUGUUCUUAUCCCGCUCCUCGCCCCUCAGUCCAAGAAGCCUCACUACGCUCUGUGGGCGCAGGACUUUGCUCGCAAGCUUGUCAAGGAGCUCCCCAGUUCUGAUAUCAAGAAGAUUGCUAGCGCUUUGACUACUGCCAGCAACGAGAAAAUGCGAGAGGAGCGUGCUGCUGACAAGGGCAGCAAGAAGACCAAGGCUGCCAAGACCAAGGUCUCGCUUGUUUCCAACCGUGAUAACCAGAUCGACAACACUGCCUAUGAUGAUGACGGUCUCGGUGAUGAUGACUUCAUGUAA